AUGGCUGACACAGAAGCCGUUCUUCUCGCUACUGGCGGUUAUGAUCAUACUAUUCGAUUGUGGCAACCGCAUAGUGGGGUUUGCCAUAGGACACUCCAACACCCGGAAUCGCAAGUGAAUGCUCUUUCUUUAACGCCGGACAAACAAUUAAUUGCUGCAGCGGGUUUCCAGUGUGUUAGAUUGUACGAUGUUCAUGGUUGUAACCCUAAUCCUGUCAUUAAUUGUGAUGGGGUUCAAAAGAAUAUUACUGCAGUAGGAUUCCAUGGUGAUGGUAGAUGGAUGUUCACGGCUGGUGAAGAUGGAAAAGUCAGAAUUUGGGAUUUGAGGUCUCGCAAUCCGCAAAGUCAAAGAACCUUAUCUGUCUCUAACCUUAUCAAUUGUGCCGUCCUUCAUCCUAACCAGAUUACUAUUAUUGCAGGUGAUCGUAGUGGGACACUUCACAUUUGGGACUUAAAAUUGAAUCAAUCUGAGAGAAUGGUUGUCAGCACUGAUAAUGCAAUCACUUGCGUUGACAUCGAUCGUGAAGCAUCGAUGUUAGCCGUUGCUUGUAGUAAUGGUAUUUGCCAUGUCUACGCUCUGAGAGGAUCAUUCGAUUCGGAAGAACGAUUAAUAAUAAAUCCAAAAACGCAAAUCCACUGUCACGAUACAUACGUCAUCAAAUGUCGAUUUAGUCAUGAUUCGACAUUAUUGGCUACGACGUCAUCAGAUGGGACGAUUAAGGUUUGGCGAACAUGCGAUUUUACACUUAAAUCAACACUAUCGAAUGCGUCACAGCGUUGGGUAUGGGAUUGUUCAUUCUCUACUGACCCACAAUACUUAAUUUCAGUUUCCUCAGAUGCAGUUGCAAGACUAUGGAAUGUUGAAAAUGCUAAGACAAUAAGAGAAUAUAGCGGGCACCAGAAAGCUAUUGUCGCUAUGGCUUUCUUCGAUGGAAAUUCAACGGAAUAA